AUGGAGGAUGGUGAUGACACAUUGCCUGAUGGCCAACAGGCAGUAUGCUUGAGCCAUGAUAACCAUGUAUCACAGCAGACAUUCUCUUUUGACUUUUCAAAUAACCGAUCUGGGCCCGGGAGUUCGUCAGAAGACGACUCGCAUGGCCUGAUGGUGUCCGACCUGCCUUCUUGGCCGAAUGAGAACCUGUCGUAUUUGGAGCCUGAAGCGGCAGAGCAUUCAGGCAACGACGCGUUAUCAAAUGCUCGAGACUCUUCGGAUGAAAAGGCACGGGACUCGGCGCCGAUCGCGACUAUGGAAGUAAUCAAGCAAUCACCAACAACUGACCCGGAGAUGAAGGUACCGCAGAUUGAGGAGACUGAUAUUAUGUACCAUGGCCAGAAGCUUCAGGUUUCCUUGCCUUUUAUUCCGUCGGAUGUCCGAGAUCAAUACAAAGAGGUGCAUAGUAAUGCCGUGGAGAGGAUAUUGGAUCUGCCGGCUUCACCAGAUGAUGGAGAGCUUUUGACAGUAGAGUUAACAGACGGAACACAAUGCAUGAUCCCUUUGUUGAAGCUCGAAGGAUUCGAAAACGGCUCGCAGGCUCUCGAAACCUAUUUUACGGGAAUGGAACGAGCUGGAAGGAAGCGCAAGACUGCGCCCAACGAUGAUUGGGAAUCUGACAGCAGCUCGAACGGCUCAGACGUCAUGGACCUGGACGCCGACACGGAUGCGGAAGAACCCGAUGAAGCCGUCGCAGCCACCCGCAGCCGUAGGCGACGAACUCAAGAGCCAACCACUUCGAGGAAUGCGACGGAAUCAAAUUCAGACGCUAGUGACGACUCAGACGCUGUGAUAUUCGACAGUCGUCGACGUAGCCUUCGGAGGAGAAAGCCUAGGUUUCCGCAAGCGUCUCUUCAGGAAUCAGAACAUGAUGGCCCGUCCAGAAGCCCAAGAGAUGAGGACGGUGACGAUUUUAUUCUGCCAGUCGUUUCUGAUAUCGCCAGCACUAGACGAAAAAGAAGCUCUAUGUUGCGAUCUCGGCGACCCCCGGCCCGGAAACGCGCGUCCACACGAAGAGGCGCUGUUGACUCCGAUAUAGAAUUUGAGCAGCCCAGGCGAUCGUCCCGGGCUACGCGAAAUGUCAGAUAUUUGCAGGACGACUUCGACUUGGACGAAGACUCGUUUACUCAAGUUGAAGAGAAGCCUGGGAUUCCGAAAAUUGCCUCAGUCAAAGAACUGUUUCGACCUGUACCGCCGGAUUCUUCUUUUGCAAUCAACGGCGGAGUUGAUCCUAUCACCAGUGUGCCAGAUGAACUGGUCAAUAAUUCAAAGAAUGUUCUUUUCCGCUGCACCAGCUGUAACCGAGGCUGGCACCAGCAUCAUUUACCCUUGAUCGGUAGCCCAAGUCCUGGGCGAGAGCAGGAGAUUGGGGCACUUAAGGACUACUUCAUCGACUGGCAGUGCAAUGAAUGCACCGUGGCGCAACAAAAAAUUCAUCGGCUUGUGGCCUGGCGAGCAGAACCCACGGCCAGCACAGCACGUCCAGCCUUUGCACAGCUAUCCGAUGAUGACAAGGAAUAUCUAGUCAAAUGGGAGGGCAUGUCGUACUUCCACUGCACAUGGAUGCCAGGCGCUUGGAUAUUCGGUGUUGCGGCUUCUGCAAUGCGAACGAGUUUUGCAAAGAAAGCCGUCGAAGUCGACUUAUUCAAAGUUACUGAGAAGGAAGCCAUUCCCGAUGAAUACUUGAUGAUCGAUAUCAUUUUUCGGGUGAAGCUGGAUUCUGCCGUACCAAGAGCUAACUCCAGACAAGAAGAUGUAGACAACCUCCCGCACAUCAGCAAAGUAUUGGUAAAAUUUCAGGGCCUUGGGUACGAUGACGUGGUAUGGGACGAACCACCAAAAACCAACUCGGGCGAACUUUACGACGCCUUCAAAGUUGCAUACGAAGAAUAUCUCGCUGGGAAGUACUUUAAGCACUCUUUGCCAACCAAGAUGAGGGAGCGUAUAAAAGCAUUUAAAGAGGAAGAGCUCGAGGAAGUUGAUGUUCAACCAGCCGGACUCAAGAGAGGGAAACUGAUGGGAUAUCAGUUAGAAGGUCUGAACUGGCUAUUGAACAACUUUCACAGCGGGCGAAGCGUCGUAUUAGCAGAUGAAAUGGGACUCGGCAAAACCGUUCAGGUCAUCAGCUUGGUGGUGUACCUUGUGCAAGAAAAUCCCAAGUGCUGGCCGUUUCUUAUUUCGGUCCCAAAUGCAACAUGCCCGAAUUGGCGUCGAGAGUUUAAACAAUGGGCGCCGGAGCUGCGAGUAGUCACCUACCAUGGGGGCAAGGAGUCGCAAGACCUCGCGUACAAGCACGAACUCUUCCCACAUGGAUCGCGAGAAAUGGCUGCACACGUUGUUAUUAUGUCUUAUGACUCCACCCAGGACCCAAAAACUAGUCAACGCUUCAAUUCCGUUAAGUGGGCAGGUCUGGUUGUCGAUGAAGGGCAGCGACUCAAGAACGACCGCAGCUUGCUCUACCAGGCCCUGCGUGUUAUGAAGAUCCCAUUUCGAUUGCUGCUGACUGGAACCCCGUUGCAGAACAAUAAAAGAGAAUUGUUCAAUCUGAUUCAAUUUAUCGACCAUUCGCAGAGUGCCGAGAAACUUGACGAGGAGUUCCAAGUCCUCGAUAAAGAGACUCUGCCGAGGCUUCACGAAAAGAUUCGGCCAUAUUUCUUGAGAAGGACCAAGGUCGGGGUUCUCAAGUUUCUGCCCCCAAUGGCCCAGAUUAUUUUGCCGGUUACCAUGACGGUAAUUCAGGAAAAGCUCUCAAAGAGCAUCAUGGCAAAAAACCCCCAGCUUAUCAAAGCGAUUUUUGCCAACAGUAAGAUGAACAAGAAGGAGCGAGGAUCCCUCAACAAUAUUCUGAUGCAACUUCGCAAGUGCCUCUGCCACCCAUUCAUGUACUCUGAAGCAAUUGAAGAAAAGCACGAUGACCCAGUCGUUAUCCACCGCAAUCUCGUGGAAGCUUCGGCAAAGCUCCUGCUUCUGGAACAAAUGCUUCCAAAGCUCAAGGAGAGGGGACACCGGGUUUUGAUCUUUAGCCAGUUUCUCCAACAGCUAGAUAUCAUUGAGGAUUUUCUUAUUGGCAUUGGCUAUCAAUACAGGCGGCUCGACGGGAAUCUUUCAAGCUUGGAAAAGCAGCGUCGCAUCGACGCUUAUAACGAGCCAGGCUCUGCGAUUUUUGCAUUUUUACUAUCAACACGAGCGGGAGGUGUCGGUAUUAACUUGGCCACAGCUGAUACGGUUAUUAUCAUGGAUCCCGACUUUAAUCCGCAUCAAGAUAUUCAAGCUUUAUCACGGGCCCAUCGUAUUGGUCAGAAGCAGAAGGUGCUUUGUUUUCAGCUUAUGACCAAGGACACUGUUGAGGAGAGAAUCAUGCAGAUUGGCAAGAAGAAGAUGGCUCUCGAUCACGCCUUGAUUGAAAGUCUGGAUGAUGACGAAAUUGCUGGGGAUGACUUGGAGUCCAUCCUAGCCCACGGUGCACAGGCACUGUUCAGCGAUGAUUAUCAAAAAGGUGCUAUACAUUACGAUGGACCUUCUAUUGACAGACUUCUAGACCGAUCUCAAACCGAGCAAACGAAGGUUGAUGAUGAAGGCUCUGCGGAGGCUCAAUUCACCUAUGCCAAGGUUUGGUCAAAUGAUAAAGCAAAUUUAGAAGAUGAAUUGAAAGCAGCUGCCGAGGCUGAAGCCCCCGAACCUAUUUCCUCUAGUGUCUGGGACAAGAUUCUUGCAGAAAGAGAAGAGGAGGCUCGCCGCCAGGCCGAAGCAAAUCAAGAGAGGCUGGGAAGAGGAGAGAGACGCCGGACAACUCUUAACUACAAGUCCGAUACAUUAGCAGAAUACCUCCAGGAUGUCGGUGGGCCUAAUGCCUCAGACUCCUCGGAUGACUUCGCGGCCGCCGGUUCUUCGUCUUCUUCGGACGGGGACAAUGAAGCAGAAGGUAAAAAGCGAACGACUUCUCCUCCCAAGCCAAAGACCGGAUCAGUCACCCCAACAACACAGUCCACGAGAACAAAGAAGAUUGACACUCGAGCUCAGCAGAAAACGACCUCGAUGACCUUGCAACGAAACAGCCGACUAUCAGAACCCAGGGCGUCCAAGACGUCAGGAUGUCCCACAUCAAAACCGCGCGCAACUCCAGUGAAGACGAGCUUCAGGGGCAAGACCACGUCUACCAGCCCAAAACCCAAGCCCAGCCCUAUCGGACGAAGCAAACGUUCCAAGCCGCUACAUCCCUCGAAAAAGGUGGUAUCUCCAAAAACACCAGUGAAAAGGCCAAACUCAGAUACAGGAACCCGAAUUACGUGCCCCCACGACACGGUUCCGUCCCCUCAAAUGAAGAAACGUACAGCCAACCCGCACCUUACGCCACGAACCUCCCCGGCAGCUUCAGAUCCCAUUCGAGCAACUUCUCCAAUGGGGUCGCCUAUUCCGCCUUCCCUGCCUCUGACUCCUUUGACUGGGCCCAGGCCCAAACACUCCCAAGCAAUGCGGCAGCAGAAAUAG